AGACGGCCAUUUUGUAGCUAGCUACGCGACAGAUCCACGAAAAGUGAGCCAUCCGACAGAUUAUAUAAAUAAAAUCUCAAAUUGUGUAUCUGUAUCAUAAUGGAUAAAGACAUUUCUAGCGUUGGAACUCAGUACAUUAUCUGUGAAUGUGGUGAUAAUUUUCCAAAUGAAAAGUUCUUGAAUAUACAUCUAGCGAACAAUCAUGGAGAAGUGGAAACCUUUCUAUGUGAUGAAUGCCCCGAAGCCUUUACAAGCAACAAUAGCCUCAGCUACCACAAAAGAAGCCAUGAGAAGACUAAACAGGCACUUGGGAGACCCGAGACGAUCAAGACGUAUAGUCGGAAGACUCCGCAAAAGAAGGAACCAGUCGAGAAGAAGCCUCCGGUCCUCAAGCUCAAGAACUUGAAGAGGAUUAAUUCUAUCAGUCUGAUAGAGAAUUUGAAGUCACUGGGAGGGAUCAUCAAAAUAGAGCACGCUCCAAGCGCCCCAGACCCUGAACCGGAGCCGGAGCCCGAGCCUGAAGCAGAGCCUGUGCUUGAGGAGAUGGACGAGGGACAGGUGGUGGUGAAGAAUGAGGCCAUGGAGGAGGCCGAGGAGAUAUACUACCAGUGUGAUGUGUGCAACUCCAUAUUCUACACGGAAUGGGACUUCAACAUCCACUACCAGAGUAAGCACGCGUUGAAACUCGAGCCCAGCUCCUCCGCCGAGCUAAUCUUGGAGCAGCACCUCGCCAGCGACCACGGGGUGCAGGGCAUCAAGACGGAGCCCGAGGAAACGGCUUAUUACUACGAAUGUGAACUGGGGAAGGAAGAGAUACACAAACCAUCACUGCGAUCUGUUAACACGGGAGGCAAGUCAACCAAUGCAGUCCAAAUGUCAGAACCUGUCAAAUCGGACGAUGUUGAAAGAUCUGUCAAAACAGAAAUGACAGGUCAGGUACAAGAUUCAGAGAAUGAUAAAGAAUUAGUACAGAAUUCAGAACCAUCUCAAACUGUCAAUUUAGAAGGUAGUAAAGAUGCAAAUAAUGUUCAAAUGACAGAUAAUAUGAAAGACGUUAAUAAACAUGUCAAAUUAGAAACAGGUAAUGAACAAGAGAAUGAUUUACUAAAAGUAGUAGGAGAAAAGGAAAUAGUGAAAAAAGGUAGACCAAAGAAAAAGAAACCCGGCAGACCACUAACUUACGACGUGUACGCUGACAUGCCUCCGGGAUUAAGCAGGUAUCAGAUUGAAAAACUAGCUAAAGAAAGAAAAAUAGAGAAAAGAAAAGAGCAGAUAAGAGAAGCGGCGAGGACUUAUAAUAAGAAAAUUGGUAUUGAAGGGCGCAGAAAAGUGACUGCUAAAUAUAAAAUGAAUAAUCCAGAAAAAGUUGCUGAAAUUAGUAGAAAAUCAUCUGCUAAAUAUAAAAUGAAUAAUCCAGAAAAAGUUGCUGAAAUUAAUAGAAAAUCAUCCGCUAAGUAUAAAAUGAAUAAUCCGGAAAAAGUUGCUGAAAUUAGUAGAAAAUCAUCUGCUAAAUAUAGAAAGAACAAUCCAGAGCGCGCUGCUGAAAUUAACAAAAGAGCAGCAGCUAAAUAUAAAAUGAACAAUUCGGAACAAUUAGCUGAAAUUAAUAGAAAAUCAAGCACUAAAUAUGCUAGGCGUCAUCCUGAAGUAGGGAGGAGAGCUAGCAAGAACUAUUACGAGAAAAAGAAAUUGGAAAAGUUAGAGAUUAAAGUGGAAGUUAGUGAAGUUGAAGUAAAAAUGGAAGUUAGUGAAGUGGAACCUGAAUGUGAAAGUAUUUUAGGUUUUUAAUCUUACCGGGAUUCGAUCUCGAGACCUUCAGCUUCGUAGGUAGGGCCGACUGGGCUACGGAGGCCGUUAAAGAGAGUAUGAGGACUCCCUACAAAUGUGUCUCUUGCCCCAUCUAACCUUAAAAUAUAUUUAUGUUCUCCAAAAUUGACGUAUGCAUAUGAAAACAGUAUUGUAACGCUAUUUAAGUUAUUGUUGUUGAUAUCAUGCUUAACCGUUUGAACGCUUUAUGUCAUAACACAGACAAAACAUCCUCCAGACUGAGCAUAGUCGCGCUACCCCCUCUGCCACGCAUACGGUAAUUUUACUCCAUGUUCGAGUCGAAAGUGUCUUUGUGUGAC